GAGAAGAAGAGUGUUGUUUCGGAAGUAAAAAACUGUCAAAACAAAACGCAAAGCACCAAGCUCACGGAUCAUCACACGGAGAUGAGGCUGACCGAAGAAGCGGCCUGUGACCACCCGGACCUGACCAUGGAUGACGUCCGAAACCUGAUUAAAAAGAAAGAUGAGAUAGAAGAACAGAUCAAAGCCUAUUAUGACGUACUGGAGGACCAGGGCGUGGGCGUGGAAGGGCCUCUGGUGGACGCGGAGGGUUAUCCCCGUGCGGACGUCAACCUGUACCAGAUCAGGACGGCCCGACACCAGAUCGCAUGCCUGCAGAAUGAUCACAAGGCCCUGAUGGCAGAGAUUGAGGAGGCCCUCCAUAAGCUCCAUGCCCAGGAGAAGGAGAAGAGAGGUUCGGGGCCUGCACAUGAUGACCCCAUGGAGCAGGAGCCCAGCUUGCCUGGUGCCUUCGCCAGAGUGGACACUGUCACUGCAGGCUCCCCCGCGCACACAGCGGGACUCAGAGUUGGUGAUGAACUCGUUGAGUUUGGUUCAGUCAACUCCAAUAACUUCCAAAAUCUUCAGAAUAUUGCUUCUGUUGUGCAACACAGUGAAGGGAAAGCAUUACGUGUGGUGGUGGUCCGCAAUGGAGAAAGAUGUCCAAUGACUCUGACUCCUCAGAGGUGGUCGGGCAGAGGGCUGCUGGGGUGCAACAUUGUUCCUGUGCAUCGGUAACUGCUGUGAUCUCAGUUUAAAUAAAGUUUGUUUGUACACUGCAGAAAA